GGAAGUAGCGUGAGGCGGGUGGGCGGAGCUAAGCGCUGUCAUGUCGGCGGCCUUGCUGCGGCGGGGUCUGGAGCUGCUGGCGGCGUCGGAGGCCCCCCGGGACGCGCCAGGCCAGACCAAGCCGAGCGGGGCUCCGGUGAAGCGGGCCCGGAAGGCGAAGGCGACCCAGGGCCCCAAACUGCGGAACUCGGCUAAGGGAAAGGUGCCCAAGUCGGCCCUGGCCGAGUAUCGAAAGCGAGCAUGUCGAGACCAUCUCAGAAUAAACCUGAAGUUUAUGACCAGUGCAAGAAACACAUUGGCUGAGUCUGUGACCCAGCAGAUUCUGUGUCAGAACCGAGGCCGCAAGGCCUGUGACCAGCCUGCAGCCAAGACUAAGAAGAAGAAGGCGGCCGAGGGCACCGUGUUCACUGAGGAGGACUUCCAGAGGUUCCAGCAGGAAUACUUCGGCAGCUAGGCUCCCUGGAGGGCACAGUGCGAAGGGCACUCAGGCCCCGCCUCCUGACUUCCCCACCUCUGCUGGCCCCAGGACCCCGCAUGCACCCAUGCACCGGCCAGCAAUUCCAGAACUGCCGGGCUCAAGGAAACCCCAGAACUGGUGAGCUGGAAACCCUGGGAAGGAUGUUCACUCUGACUGGAGCUG